GCGGUGACGCGGUGGCGGCGCCGCGCGCGCCUCCUCGGGCUGAGGGGACCCUGAGAAGCCGGGUCAGGCCGCGCGCGCCUUCCUCAGGCUGAGGGGCCCACGCUCCGUCCUCGGCGGCACCUCUGUGGUUCGUCGCUUUUCCGGGGUCCUGAGAAGGCGAGUCCGGCUGCGCGCGCGGUCCCGGCGUGAGGUGGAGGCAUGGCCAGCGUCCCGCAGCUGGUGGACGACCUGUGUGAGGUCCUCCUGCCGGCCGUCAAGGCUCCCUCGGGCCCGCGCCGCGGGAGCCGCAGGAAGGCCAAGCGGGGCCUCAAGAGGGUGGCCUACGACGCCCUGUUCACGGGCCUCUUUCAGGAGGAGGGCCGCGGGCUGCAGCCCGGCCUCCCGAGGCUGCCGGUGAAGAACAGGAUCCUCAUGCUGUCCUUCGACCUGCGAGUGGGCGGCCUGGGCGCCGAGGCAGACCGCCUGGAGGAGCUGGUGGAGGGGCUGGAGGCCGCGCCGCGCCAGCCGCUGGAGGAGCUGGGCGCGGUCCUGGAGCUGCUGGUGCGGCUGGCGGGCAGCGGGCCCCCGCGAGUGCGGCGGCGCCGGCGGGGCGUCUUCCUGCACAGCCGGCCGGUCGGAAGAGCCCUUCCCUACGGCGGCUACGACUGCGCCGACUUGAGUGAGUUGGAGGCGGACGUGCGGUCGCUCAUCUCCGGAGAGGAGUCUCUGUGUCGAGACCUGGUCCGCAAGACGCGGCAGGUGAUGGAGGCGGCACCGGGCACCGGACUGCCCGCAGUCGGGCUCUUCUCGUACGGCGACCCCUGCGGGGGGAGGUUUGAAAGGGACACCCGCGUCUCGCUCUUCGGAGCCCUGGUGCACAGCCGCACGGCCGACUUGGACGUCCGCCUGGACCUGCCCCCGGUGCCGGACAGCGCAGACCUCUCCGGACUGGCCAUCAAGGUCCCUCCGAGCGUGGAUCAGUCGGAAGAUGAAGGGUUCCAGUCAGCAUCCAAUCUGACUCCUGACUCCCAGUCUGAGCCGGGCAUGACGCCAGACAUUGACCUGUGGGACGCUGUGCUCACCUACGAGGCCAGCAAGCGGAGAUGCUGGGAGCAAGUUGGAUGCCCCCCCGGCCACCGAGAGGAGCCCUACCUCACCGAGGCGGGAAGGGACGCCUUUGACAGAUUCUGCCGGCUUCGCCAAGGGGAGCUACAGAUGCUGGGCGGGAGCCUCCUGCAGGCCCCACAGCCCGUCCUGGUGAAGGAGUGUGAGCUGGUGAAGGACGCACUCAACGUCCUGAUUGGAGUCGUGUCCACCACGUUCUCCCUCUGCCAGCCAGCUCAGGCCUUCACGGUGAAGCGGGGUGUCCAUGUCUCAGGAGCAUCCCCCGAGAGCAUCAGCAGCCUCCUCUCCGAGGUGGCGGAGUGCGGGACCCACUACGCGCGCCUCAGCCACUUCUCCCUGCAGCCCGUGCUGGACUCCUCCUGCAGCAAGGGCCUCGUGUUCCAGGCCUUCACCAGCGGCCUGAGGCGGUACCUGCAGUACUACCGCGCUUGCGUGCUCUCCACCCCGCCCACCCUGAGCCUCCUCACCAUCGGCUUUCUCUUCAAGAAGCUGGGCCGGCAGCUCAGGUACCUGGCUGAGCUCUGCGGUGUCGGCGCUGCGCCCCCCGGCUCUGGCGGAGGAGAGCCCAGGGCUGCCUUCCCCACGGGCGUGAAGCUGCUCUCCUACCUCUACCAGGAGGCCCUGGAUAACUGCAGCAACGAGCACUACCCGGUCUUGCUGUCUCUGCUCAAGACCAGCUGCGAGCCCUACACGCGGUUCAUCCAUGACUGGGUGUACAGUGGGGUCUUCAGAGAUGUUUACGGCGAGUUCAUGAUCCAGGUGAACCACGAGUACUUGGGCUUCAGAGACAGGUUCUACUGGACCCACGGCUACGUGCUUAUUUCCAAAGAGGCGGAGGACUGCGUCCCUGUGUUCCUGAGCCACAUCGCCCACGACGUGUACGUCUGCGGGAAGACCAUCAACCUGCUGAAGCUCUGCUGCCCCCGGCACUACCUCUGCUGCUCCGAUGUCCCGGUCCCGCGCAUCUCCGUGAUCUUCUCCCUCGAGGAGCUGAAGGAUGUUGAGAAGGACUGCGCCAUCUACGUGGGCCGCAUGGAGAGGGUGGCGCGGCACAGCUCCGUCAGCAAGGAGGAGAAGGAAUUACGGAUGGAAAUUGCAAAGCAGGAAUUAAUUGUCCAGGCCCGGGAGGCGGCGUCCAGGGUCCUGCAGGCGCUCAGCGAUCGGCAGAUGUCGGAGCGGAUGGCCUCGGAUGCCCGCAAGCGAGAGCAGUUCCAGAGGCUGAAGGAGCAGUUUGUGAAGGACCAGGAGCGACGCCGGGCGGCCAGGCAGGAGGAGCUGGAUGAGGACUUCAGCUAUGCCCGCGAGCUCCGGGACCGGGAGAGGAGGCUGAGGGCCCUGGAGGAGCAGCUGGAGAGGAAGGCCAGGCAGGCACUGGUGGAUCAUUACAGCAAGUUGUCUGCAGAGGCGGCUCGUCGGGAGCAGAAGGCACUGUGGAAGGUCCGGAGGCACAGGCUGGCCAGCGCGCGGCUUCGUUUUCUCCUGGAAGAUGAGAAGCACGUUCAGGAGAUGCUAGAGGCUGUGGCCGAGGGGAGGCCCCUAGAGCAGCCGGCCGUCCUCCCUGGUGCCUGCUCCCAGACAAGUGCCCACUCACGGGCAGGGGACCAGGCCUCCUUUCUGGGCCCUGUGCCCCCCGAUAGAGGCAGCAGCUGUGACCCCGGGUGUGAGGAGCCGCAGGAAGUGGCACCGGCUGGCCCUCAUGGGCAGAGCGCACUCACGCCGCAGCCCCUCGAGUCUCCAGGAGCCGGGGCCUAUGGUGCGGGGCCAGGGGCAGGCCUGCUAUGGGUGCAGGCAGAGGAGCCAGGGCCGUUCUCCGCGGGCCUCAGCCUCAGAGACUUCCUGCCUGUGGCCCAGGGGGCUGAGCCUGGGCUCAGCGGCUUGGCCCCUGUCCUGGAGGACGCACUGCAGACCAUUGGCUCCGCCCUGCCCCCCGUGGCUCCGUCCACGGCAGUGGACUCAGCACCUUUCGGGCCACAGGAGUAUGACUUCAGAACCAUCCUGAGGCCCGCUGUGGCUGCCCCAGGUUCCGCAGGGGCGCUCCAGACUGCAAGAGGCAGCCUGGGCAGCAGAGGGCAGCAGCUGCGGGAGGACACUCAUGAGCCACUGGACACCUGUGGCCCGGACCCACCACAGCACCCCUCCCCCCAGGAGGAGCGCUGUCCGGCCAUGGUGCAGGUCCUCGGGGCGGAGCCUGGCGUUCCCAGAGGGGGCUGUGUUUCUGGAGUGACCCCCUCCCGGCCACGGUGGAACAUCCACGGACACGUGUCUGAUGCCAGCAUCCGGGUUGGGGAGAAUGUGUGGGACGUGGUCCCCUCCCGGCCACGGUGGAAUGUUCACGGACAUGUGUCUGAUGCCAGCAUCCGGGUGGGGGAGAAUGUGUGGGAUGUGGCCCCCUCCCGGCCACGGUGGAAUGUCCACGGACACGUGUCUGAUGCCAGCAUCCGGGUGGGGGAGAAUGUGUGGGAUGUGGCCCCCUCCCGGCCACGGUGGAAUGUCCAUGGACACGUGUCUGACGCCAGCAUCAGGGUGGGGGAGAAUGUGUGGGAUGUGGCCCCCUCCCGGCCACGGUGGAAUGUCCAUGGACACGUUUCUCAGUCCAGUGUGAUGCUGGGGGUCCUCUCAGGGGAAGCAGAGCCCAAUUUGCCCAGGCCCCCAUUGGGUCCCCCAGACUCCAGGCCCCAGUUGGGCCUCAGCUCGGGAGCCCAGGAACACACGCCGCAGCUGCCUGUGGAGACAGCUUCAGGCAGCUCCAGCACACAGGUGGCCAGACCAGACCCUGGUUACAGGGAGGAGGGUGGCCCCCAGGCCUCGCUGUCUGCUGAGGCUGUACCUGCUGCUCUGGGAGAUGGCAUCCUGGAAGAGCCAGGCGUGGGGAUGAGUGAGGACUCCAGGGACCUCUCUCUCGGCUCACAGGAGGAUGCAGAUGUCCAGAGCAGUCCUGACCCUGGCGAGGCGGCGGCCCGGCGCUGGGACCGGGAGCAGGCCUACCUGGCGGGCCUGGCGGGGCAGUACCGCCUGGAGCAGUACCCGGACAGCUAUGAGGCUAUGUUCUGUCACCCCGCAGCAGAGCCUCCCGUCGCCCGCCUCCUGCACCACGGGCUUCCCCGAGCCUUCGCCCUCCCCGAGGACACCGGGGUCCCAUCAGACGCCGACGAGAGCGCUGUGCAGCUCAGCGAGCUGCUGCCGCUGCCUGUGCUCAUGAAGCACUCCGUUACUGCCCCGCUGGCUGCCCACGUCUCCCUGGUGAACAAGGCUGUGGUCGACUACUUCUUCGUGGAGCUGAACCUCGGGGCGCACUUCGAGGCGCUGCGGCACUUCCUGCUGAUGGAGGACGGGGAGUUCGCCCAGUCCCUCAGCGACCUGCUCUUCGAGAAGCUCGGGGCGGGGCAGACGCCCGGGGAGCUUCUCAGCCCCCUGGUGCUCAACUCGGUGCUGAGCAAGGCCCUGCAGUACAGCCUGCACGGCGACAGCCCGCACGCUGCCAACCUCUCCUUCGCCCUCAAGUUCCUGCCUGAGACGUUCGCCCCCAACGCCCCAGACGUGCUGAGCUGCCUGGAGCUCAGGUACAAGGUCGACUGGCCCCUCAACAUCGUGGUCACCGAGGGCUGCCUGAGCAGGUACGGCGGCAUCUUCUCCUUCCUGCUGCAACUGAAGCUCAUGAUGUGGACGCUCAAGGACAUCUGCUUCCACCUCAAGCGCACAGGUGAGCCUGGUGGGCCCGAGGCGCCCACGCUGCCCGCGUCUGUGCUCACUCUGCCCCCCACGCCCCCUCCAGCGCGGGCGAGCCAGGCGGCCGGCUCGGUGCAAUUCCGCCAGCUGCAGCUCUUCAAACACGAGAUGCAGCACUUCGUCAAGGUCACCCAGGGCUACAUCGCCAACCAGAUCUUGCACGUCAGCUGGUGCGAGUUCCAGGCCAAGCUGGCCUCGGUGGGCGACCUGGAGGAGAUACAGCGCGCCCACGCCGAGUACCUGCACAAGGCAGUCUUCAGGGGCCUGCUGACCGAGAAGGCGGCGCCGGUCAUGAACGUCAUCCACAGCGUCUUCAGCCUGGUCCUCAAGUUUCGCAGCCAGCUCAUCUCCCAGCCCUGGGGCCCGGCUGGCGGCCCGCGGGGCCCCGAGCACCCAAACUUUGCCCUCAUGCAGCAGUCCUACAGCGCCUUCAAUGGUGAGCAAGCUGGUGAACCGCGGCUACCAACCCCACUUGGAGGACUUCCUGCUGCGCAUCAACUUCAACAACUACUACCAGGACGCCUGAGCCCCCGGCUCGCCCGCAAUAAACGUGUGCCCGCACUCCAGCCUCUGUCUCCGGGGCGGGCGGGGGCAGAAUAACCACGCGGGACCACUGAGGAGGCUGCCGGUUUAU